AUGUGGUCGAUGAUACUGCUCGGUUUCUGCGCAUACCUACUGUAUCUUGUGGCCAGCACUUUCUUGGGCUUCCGCCGCAAUGUGAGCAAAGCAAAACAAUCUGGAAUCCCCUACGUUGUCGUCCCAGUCUACUAUCUUAAAACCUGGUGGCUGGUAGGCCAUCGACUAUGGCUGCCGCUGUUGGCAAAAUUGCCACGCCAGUGGACUCAAUGGGUCGAUUUCUGCAUACCAGACUUCUACUUCCGUCGCAGCAUCGAAGUCUUUCAGCAGGUCGGCUCUGAUACGUUUCUAGUCGUUGCGCCGGGAGGCAUGGUGUUGCACACGGCCGACCCGGCUGUCAUCACGCAGAUCACGACGCGAAGAAAUGAUUUUCCCAAGCCCACCCCCAUCUACCGAUCCUUGGACAUCUACGGGAAGAACGUCGUGUCUACUGAGGGGCCCAUCUGGCGCCAGCACCGUAAAGCCACAAGCCCACCAUUCACCGAGAAGAACAACCACCUCGUGUGGACAGAGAGCAUCGACCAAGCUUCUGCCAUGCUGAGCUCGUGGGUUGGACCUGACGGGAAAGGCGAUAUUACGGUCGACCGUGUGAUGGAUGAUACCAUGCGUCUGAGUCUAUAUGUGAUCAGCAGGGCAGGCUUCGGGAAGAAAUUGGAAUGGCCUUCUGCUGACGCCAAAGCCGAUGUUGACGCCAACUACGUCGACAAGUCCAAGAUUCAGAACGAAGAAAGUGACCGCGGUCGAGGCCAUUCGAUGAGCUACACGUACGCUAUCCACUGCUUGCUGGACAACAUCCUGUUCCAAUUCCUUGUGCCGCGCUGGCUUCUCAGGCGCUUCCCAAGCGCCAAAUUCCACAAGGCUGAUGAAGCAUACAAUGAGUGGGGAAGUUACAUGAGAGAAGCUGUGGAGGCCAAGAAGAAGGAUCUUGAGGUGUCGGCAGAUGAGAGCAAAGACCAAAUGGAUCUCUUGGCUCAGCUGGUCAAAGGCCAGGUCGCGUCGGAGAAGAACAAAGCCAACAGCAAGGAUGUGCCUCUGACGGAUUCAGAGGUGCUCGGUAAUAUGUUCGUCCUGAUCCUUGCAGGCCACGAGACGGCCGCAAACUCGAUACAUUUCUCUCUGGUCUAUCUCGCGCUUUACCCCAAGAGCCAACGAGCAACACAGAAGGACCUGGACCGAAUAUUCCAGGGCAAGCCGCCUUCAGAGUGGGAUUAUGACCGUGAUCUGCCAGCGCUGUUCGGAGGCAUGGUAGGCGCCGUGUUGGCCGAAGAACUGCGCCUGGUUCCGCCGGUCAUAGGUAUACCAAAGUCGACCUGGGGCGUACCGGACCAACCAAUUACUAUCGAGGGCAAAGCUUGCACAGUGCCUGCCGGUGUUUAUAUUAGCCUUGCAUCAGGGAAUGUCCAGCGGAAUCCGAAACACUGGCCGACAUCCAAGCCGACCCUGCCUGGGGGCCACACUGUGCAUCCCAGAGCUAACCUGGAUAACGACCUCGAGGAGUUUCAUCCAGAGCGAUGGCUCCUAGAUGACGCCCAUGAUUUUGAGCAGGCUGAGACCGCGAACGGGAAGAAGGACAUGCCAAACGAAACCGUGACGGCAGACGACCUUGCAAUCAAUGAGGCAGCUGACACAUCCGACAAGUUCUAUCGGCCACCCAAAGGUGCUUAUGUCCCAUUCAGUGACGGCUACCGAGCGUGCCUUGGCAGACGGUUUGCACAGGUGGAAGUCCUCGCUACUUUAGCUGUGAUCCUGCAGAACUAUUCAGUCGAAUUAGCAGUUGACCAGUGGGCAUCCGACGAAGAGGUCAUCGCCAUGGACGAAGACGCUCGCGUAGAAGUGUGGGAGAAGGCGGCCGAACGGGCGAGGAAGCUGAUGCUGACUGGCCUCAGUGUCAUCAUAUCUUUGCAAAUGAGAGCUGGACAUGUUGCUCUUCGGUUCGUGCCCAGGGGCCAGGAGAAAUUUCCUGACGAUGCAGAUGAAAAGUGGAAAGCGAAGCAUCCCGAACUGUGCGAGGGCACCCGGGGGACUCCAGGCUGGAGGUUUUGGGCCUGA